AGCGUGAGAAUGCACCUACCUUGCUCCAAGUCCAUGUUCAAUCUGAUGGGGCCGUUCUCGCUCUUGUUGGAGUGUCUUGGAGUGGCAUUUCACCCGCCCUGUCACGUGAUUCGUCUUUUGGAGUCCCUCCCACAUGAUAAGGAUGGUUAUGACGGUCUGAUGACGGUGAUGAUGAUGGCAGCAUGAUGAUGAUGAUGAUGAUGAUGGCGGCAUGAGGGUGAUGAUGAUGAUGAUGAUGAUGAUGAUGAUGAUGGUGAUGACGAUGAUGGAGAGAUGAUGAUGGCGGCAUGAGGGUGAUGAUGAUGAUGAUGAUGGGAUGAUGGUGAUGCUGAUGCUGAUGCGGCAUAAUGGUGAUGCUGAUGAUGAUGCUGCUGCUGCUGCUGCUGAUGAUGAUGAUGAUGGUGGCAUGAGGGUGAUGGGUGAUGAUGAUGAUGAUGAUGAUGAUGAUGAUGAUGACGAUGAUGAUGAUGAUGAUGGUGGCAUGCUGGUGAUGAUGAUGAUGAUGAUGAUGCGGCAUAAUGGUGAUGGCGAUGAUGAUGAUGAUGAUGAUGAUGAUGAUGAUGAUGAUGAUGGUGGUGAUGAUGAUGAUGAUGAUGAUGAUGAUGGUGGUGGCAUGAUGGUGGUGAUGAUGAUGAUGAUGAUGGCGGCACGAUGAUGAUGACAGCAUGGCGAUAAUGAUGGUGGUAAUGACGGCAUGAUGGUGAUGAAGAUGACGGAAUGAUGAUGAUGAUGAUGAUGAUGAUGAUGAUGAUGAUGAUGGCAAGAUGAUGAUGAUGGAGGCAUGAUGAUGAUGAUGAUGAUGAUAAGGAUGUGGAUAUGAUGAUGAUGGUGAUGGUGGUGGUGCUGCUGCUGGUAAUGAUGAUGAUGAUGAUCAUCAUCAUGUUCUGAUGGUGCUGCUAUUCAUGAUGGGACGAAGAGGAGGAAGCGGAGGCGAUGGCGAUUUUUCUCCCCCUCUCUAAUUUGUACGUCAAUUACUUUUUUUUUCCCCACUACCGUCGUGUUUCCCAAUA